AUGGGGUGCAGUCUGGGCACUGGGAGAGUAAGUGACUCAGGGGACUUGGAACCCGAAUAUGAACCACUGCACAUUCCUUGGACAGAAGAUUGGUACCCGGCUCCUUGUCCACCAACAAGCAAGAAAGCAGAUAUAUUUCACAUUGACGACUUCAAGGAAAUAGAUGAAAAGGCUGUCAACUGUCCGGCCGUGCAUGUCCAAUCGUACGAUGCUUUAAUGGAAUACUUAACUGAAGACUGCAUCAACGACCUUCAGAAGCUCAGGUCAGUGUUCACGUGGCUGGGGUCUCAGGACGUGUACGGAGGCAACUACGGCAAAACGACCUCCAAUGAGAGUCCUCGUGGGUACAUGAAGCUUAUGAGAGAGGGCAAAGGAAGUUAUGCGGCUCUCUUCGCGUUGUUAUGCAGGGCAGCUGGACUUCCUUGUGUGAUAGUGUACGGUGUGUCGAAAGGCUUUGACUAUGAUGUGGGUGAUCGCGACAUCCACCACCUGCGGAAUUGCUGGAACUGUGUGUAUGUGGACGGCUCGUGGAGAAUCAUUCACCCAUUGUGGACUUUCAAGAAGGUUCAGGGCUUCGAUAAAGGCAGGUGGACCAAGGAGAAACAGUCACAUGUAGACAGUGAACAGGAAAAGAUGACGGAGGGUACAGAAGUCAGUGCAACGGACGACUUCUAUUUCUUAGUAGAACCUGAAGUAUUUAUUUACAUGUGCAGACCAUCCGCUGACAUGACUGCAUGGCAACUGCUCAAAACGCCGUGGUCAUGGGACGCCUUUGUCACUGCACCCUACUUCCGUCAAAGGUACUUCCUUUAUGAACUUACGCUGACCAGCUUGCAUCGUUGUAUACUUCCAGCAAGGGAGGGAACUGUUGAAAUUGUGUUUACGGCACCUGAACAUUCUCCCAUGAACUUUGCAUGUGAACUUUUCUUUGACCAAAAAGCCUCAUUUGAGAGAAUACCAAAGGAAAUCAAGUUAGACAGACAUGUUCUUGUGAUGACGAAACAGGACAAGAAGAUUUUCUUCGUGAGGAUUCCAGUAGCGGGGAUUUAUAGAUUACGGAUAUACGGAGGCAUCAACCGUCUGUUCCACAUGUGUGACUUCCGCCUGGACUGUGACCGACCCCUCAAAAACUGCCGACCCCUACCGCUGUUUACUCCAAUAGGGUUCGGUUUUACCCAGAAAGCUCGCGAUUCAGGGUUGGAUUUCCCCUCAGAGUAUAGUGGUGUCGUGAGGGUCGAAUCAGGAAACGGUAGGAUCUUCAACUUCACCAUGAUCAGACAGAUGGAAAUUAUGACGACUGUCCUUCAUACUAAGUUUGCAUCCGAGUUCCUCAAGGAAUAUGUGACAUGCAAGAUGAAGGAUCUCACGGUGUCUGUGUAUGUAUACAUCCCGGAGACCCAGACAGAGGAAGAAUACGUUCUCCAGAUCUUUACCAGAGAAGCAGGAACUACUGCCAAGUACAGGAAUGCCGUCAACUACCUGAUUAUCAUUGACAGGAAACAGAACUCUACAAGGGACCCAAUGGAGUGGCGAAACCGUCUCAAUGUCCGCGAGAUCAACGGUCGGGAGCACAUCGCAGAUUUUGAGCACAUCAUUUCUACAUGCGACACGCCCGAAACGGAGACGAUGGAGAACGGUAGCCUCGUCUCCAUUGGCGCCAGUGGCAGGAGAGAAAUACUUAUGCUCGAGAGAGAUCUUAAAGCUGCACUUUUCCGACGUAACAUCGACGCCCUGGAUCGUGCGCUUGCUGCCGCUCAUCAGUCUCGACACACCACCCAUCUCGACUAUCUGAUCAAACAAGCGGAUGAGGUGCGCGAGCAACUGGGCAGACUCAGGAAGUAUCUCCACCACGUGCUGGAGAUCAAACAGCCAACCCUCUCGGAACUGCACAACUACAAGCGCCCAAUUGACCCCAUCCAUGCCACAAUGAGAGGGACCUACAUACUUCUUGGAGAGCACGCCAUUGAACUUGAGUCGUGGGAGUUUGUUCAGAAUCUGAUGAGAAAGGUUGGCAAGAACAGCCUCAUCUAUCGACUGAUGGAGUUUGACGUUAUCCAAGCUUCCAAACAGCAAAUAGAGGCAGUACAAGCUCUCUUGGAUCAGUUCAACGAGCAGACUGUUACCCAAGCCAGUAUCGUCGCUGGUCACUUCUAUGUCUGGUGCCGUGAUAUUGUCAUAGAAUCCGAGAUCUCGACAACAAGAAACGCUUUCAAACGGAAGGAGGAAAACUGA